UUCUGCGAGUAUCUUCAGCUGAGUUUUAAUUCCAGCAUUUAAUUUAAUUUAUUCAAUGGAAACGAACGAAAAUGAAGCUUGGAUGGAUCUCGUCGGCAUCAGCGCCGAUCCGCCCGACAAGCGCGACAAGUGUGAGCAGUGCAAACGACCGGUGGUUGUUUGCUGGUGUCCAGCUUUACCGCAUCCACCAGAGGCGGUGACCUCGCAGAUUGUUAUUCUGCAGCAUCCCGCUGAGGAGAAGCGAUCGCUUCGAACGGCCCUGAUGCUCCAGCUGGGUCUGGAGCCCGGAAAGUGUGUGGUCUACAAGGGCAAGCGGUUUCCGAAUCACAAAAACCACGCGGAACUGCAGAGUAUCUUGGAUUCCCCUACGACAUUGCUGCUUUAUCCCAGCCGGGACUCGGUUCCCUUAGAGGAAGUCGAUCGCAGCGCCGGUCCCUACACCUUGGUCCUCAUAGACGGCACCUGGCCACAGGCCAAAGCAAUCUACGCCAGUAGCCCUGCCCUGCACAGUUUACGCCAAGUGAAGCUAAUCGCCGUGGGCAUCAGCGACUACAUUAUCCGCACACAGCCCACUGAGGGCUGCCUCAGCACCCUGGAAACCGCCGCCCAGUGCCUGGCCGUGCUCGAGGCCCGGCCAGAGCUGAAGCAAUCGCUUGUGCGACCCCUACACACGCUCUGCAAGUACCAACUGGACAACGGGGCCGUAGAGCAUCAGUCCAAGGAGUUCCUGCUGAAGAAUAACCAGUACCCCAAGCCCAUUGGCAAGCGGUUGAGCCGCCUGCUCAACUACAGCAACACCGUGUGUGGUGGAGUUGACGGCACGUGAUAGUUGGGCCAAGAAAACAGUCGAGAGGAGUAGUUGGUGCAAAAUGUGUGCAUUGGCCGUAGCAAUAUUUAAUAAUA